AUGGCUGUGAUAUUCACUGUUCUUAUUCUUUGUUCACUUUCAUCAAGGAGCGAACAACAAUAUACAUCUGACUGGACAUCACUUGAUGCGCGCCCUUUACCGAAGUGGUAUGACGAAAGCAAAAUAGGUAUCUUCAUUCAUUGGGGACUAUACAGCGUGCCAGCUAUUUCUUCCGAAUGGAUGUGGUGGAACUGGAAAGGUGAUAAUCCAAGUCAGGUUGUUGUCGAUUAUAUGAAAGCAAAUUAUCCACCAGACUGGACUUAUGCAAAUUUCGGUCCAGAGUUCCGUGCAGAUCUCUAUGAUCCAAAUGAAUGGGCUGAUCUAUUCGCUGCAUCCGGUGCUAAAUACAUUGUGUUUACAAGCAAGCAUCAUGAAGGUUAUACCAUGUGGCCAUCAACAUUUUCAUUCAACUGGAACUCGAUGCAUGUUGGCCCAAAGCGAGAUUUACUUGGUUAUACAGCGGAUUUAAUGCUUUCUUUAACUUCGUUUUCUUUAUUUUCAGGAGAUUUAGCCUCAGCUAUUCGAAAUCGAACAAAUCUUGUUUUUGGUUUGUAUUAUUCUCUGUUCGAAUGGUUCAAUCCAUUGUAUCUACGUGAUAAAUCGACUAAUUUUACUUCUCAAGAUUAUGCGAAAACAAAAACAAUGCCUGAAUUGAAAGAAAUCGUUGAAACAUACAAACCUGAAAUUGUUUGGUCUGAUGGUGAAUGGGAACCACUGGAUACUUACUGGAGUGCGACACAAUUCUUGGCAUGGCUUUAUAAUGACAGUCCAGUGAAAGAUACUGUUGUGACCAACGAUCGAUGGGGUAGUGGAACACUAUGUAAACAUGGUGGUUUCUAUACUUGCUUGGAUCGUUACAACCCAGGACAUUUGGUUGAACACAAAUGGGAGAAUUGCUUCACGAUUGAUAAACGAUCAUGGGCAUAUCGUCCUAUUGCAAAUAUUGAUGAUUACAUGACAAUUGAAGAAGUACUUCGAGAAAUAGUGAUAACGAUCAGUACUGGAGGAAAUGCAUUGGUGAAUGUCGGUCCCAAUAGACAUGGCAAAAUCCCACCGAUAUUUCAAGAACGUUUGCAACAGAUGGGUUCAUGGUUGAAAGUAAACGGGGAAGGGAUUUACGCGUCGGUACCAUGGAAAUAUCAAAACGACACAAUCAAUUCUGAUGUUUGGUAUACCUCAUCGAAAGAUGGUAGAUAUGUAUAUGCUUUUCUUCUGAUGUGGCCGAAGAAUAUCACUGAGAUAACAUUGGGGGCUCCGUUACCUUCGGCAAAUACAGUUGUGACAAUGCUGGGCUCAAAUGGUCAUUCUAUUCCAUGGAAAGUAGGUAGUGACAAUCGUGGUAUGAUGAUUGAUACAUCGAAUGUCAAACUUCAUUUGCUCGAAAGUCAAUGGGUGUGGGUAUUCAGACUAGCCGAUUUAUCAAUUGACAAUACCACUAUGACUACAAUCCAACGGACAACAUCGACUGCACGUAUCACUUCUCGAAGCAAUGCAAACCUUUCUUUUUCUUCUUCUUUGUCAUUAUUUAUGCUUCUUGGUGUGCUACUUUAUGUCACAAUGUGA